AUGUGUGUUUCGGUGGCUCCUCUUAGUUCUCAAGCUCAGUCCGGUUGUAAUACAGCCAAGCCUGAUAUUUCAGUUCUCAGUGAAGACUGCUUGGAAGCUUCAGCAGGUCGUCAGGAUAAAGAGGCAUCCCCAGUUAUCACCACAGAUAAAAUUUUUGUACGAACUGUGCCUGUUAAGAAAAGAGAGUUGAGAGAAUGGAAGGAGGUGGGUUGCAGGUUGUGGUGGUCAGAGUUGUUCUCUGGUGGUGGUGGUGCAGUGGAGGCAGCGGCAAUGGCUAGAGAGGGAAAAAUGAGAGAAGAGUUUGUGAGAGAGUUAAGAGAAGUGAAAGCUUAUCUUCAUGAUGGGUGUAGCCAAAAGAUUAUUCAUUUGGACAUUAAACCACAAAACAUCCUUUUGGAUCAAAAUUUCAAUGCUAAGAUAUCUGAUUUUGGAUUGUCAAAACUAAUUGAGAAAGAGAAAAGCAGAGUGGUUACAAGAGUGAGAGGAACACUAGGGUAUUUAGUCCCUGAAUGGUUGAGGUCAGAAAUCACUGAGAAAGUUGAUGUGUAUGCUUUUGGAAUUGCUGAUGAAGAAGAUUUCCAUUUGCUUAGUGUUUUUAGGAGAAAAGCAGAACAAAAGCAGCUCAAGGAUUUGGUUGACAAAAACAAUGAGGAUAUGCAACUCCAUAGAGAAGCAGUGACAGAAAUGAUGAGCCUCACCGCAUGGUGUCUACAGGGUGAUUUCAAAAAGAGGCCAUCCAUGAAAUUGGUGGUUAAGCCUACCUGA